CUCCCCAGGAUAAUGGGAGGCAUUGGCCCUGGUGGCAGGGGGCUCGAUAUUAGGACUCCAGGGGUGUAGUGGGGCCAGGUAGGAAGGAACGGGUAGGCUCAUGUGGCCAGAGCCCUUCCCUGAGCCCUACCUGUGCCAGUGCCCCUCAGUCCUGUCCUGCAGCCCCUGCUGUCCCAGCACUGGGCUCCCCAUGCACAGUUCUACUGGGGCCCUUUAGUCCAGACCCGCAGCUCUGGGAUUUGCCCUGGUGCAGGGGGGAAGAGUUCAUGCUCUAAGAGGGUGGCUGGCUGGCACCGAGUAGCAAGCCCCAUUCACAUGGUGCUGCAUGGCCCUGCGGCCUGUGUCGCAAGCGCUUCCUGCAGGAAGGUGCCCUUUGCUCCGUGCCAGCAUGAAGGGACCCUGUCCUUCGCCUCCUCCCCCUGCUGCAUCAGGAGCUGCCCCUGCGAGGGUGACUCCCAGGCUGGGGAUGGCAGCUCUCGCCUGGAUGGCCCUUUGCCUCGCUGCUGCCUGUGCUGUGGACAGGAGCAACUUCAAGACAUGUGAGCAGAGCUCCUUCUGCAAGCGUCAGAGGAGCGUGAAGCCCGGGAGCUCCCCUUACCGGGCACUGCUGGAGUCGCUCCAGUUCAGCCAGGACUCCAUGAAACUGCAGCUUGUCAACGAAGUGAAUAAGGUCCCACUCCUGCUGGAGCUGUACGGGCUGCAGGGGAACAUGACGCGCAUCAAGAUCAAUGAGCUGAGCCCGUUGCGCCCACGCUACGAGGUGCCCGAUGUGCUGGUGCGCGACCCACCCACCACCUGGCUGGCGGUGACGGGCCGGGACGAGAACAGUGUGGAGCUCUCAUUGGGCGACUCUGGACACAAGCUGAUCCUGACAGGGAAGCCGUUCCGCAUGGACCUGCUGCAGGGGCGGGAGCUGGUGCUGAGCGUCAACCCCCGAGGGCUGCUGCACUUUGAGCACCUGCGGCAUCGGAAGGACUCUUUCUCGGAUAAAGUUAGUAGCUCGGUCGGUAGCUUGUGGGAUAAGAUCAAGAGCCUUUUCUAUAGGGAGGAGUCAAAGGAGUCAGCCCCGGAGGGCGGGGCAGCCGAGGAGGAGACCAAGCCAGCUCUGCCUGGGGACCAGGAGUCCAGUGAGAAGAGCACAAAGUCAGAGGAGGUGUCAGACGGGCCGGACCGGGCUGACGAGGAGCUGGGUUCCUGGGAAGAGACGUUCAAGACCCACACGGACAGCAAGCCCAAUGGGCCGACCUCGGUGGGGCUGGAUUUCUCGCUGCCUGGCUUUGAGCACGUCUAUGGGAUCCCGGAGCACGCCGACAACCUGCGCCUGCGCACCACUGAGGGGGGUGACCCAUACCGCCUCUACAACCUGGAUGUAUUCCAAUAUGAGCUGUACAACCCCAUGGCACUGUACGGCUCCGUGCCACUCCUGCUGGCCCACAACACCCAGCGCACCCUGGGCAUCUUCUGGCUCAAUGCCGCCGAGACCUGGGUCGACAUCAGCUCCAACACAGCUGGCAAGACACUGUUCGGGAAGAUGCUGGAUUACAUGCAGGGAGGCGGCGAGACCCCCCAGACCGAUGUGCGCUGGAUGUCGGAGAGCGGCAUCAUUGAUGUCUUUCUGCUGCUGGGGCCUGCGCCUACCGAUGUCUUCAGGCAGUACACAGCCCUGACUGGCACACAGGCCCUGCCCCCGCUCUUUGCCAUGGCCUAUCACCAGAGCCGCUGGAACUACAACGACGAGGAGGACGUGGCUGCUGUGGACGAUGGCUUCGACACGCAUGACAUCCCCUGCGAUGUCAUCUGGCUGGACAUUGAGCACACCGACGGCAAGCGCUACUUCACCUGGGACCCCAACAAGUUCUCCCAGCCCCGCAACAUGCUGGGGCGCCUGGCCGCCAAGAGACGCAAAAUGGUGUCCAUUGUGGACCCGCACAUCAAGGUGGACAGCGGGUACCGGGUCCACAACGAGAUCCGCUCCCGUGGCUUCUAUGUCAAGACCAAGGACGGCAGCGACUAUGAAGGCUGGUGCUGGCCAGGCUCGUCUGGCUACCCCGACUUCACCAACCCUGAGAUGCGUGCCUGGUGGGCCAGCAUGUUCUCCUACGACCAAUAUGAGGUAGGAUGGAAGUGGGGCCAUGGGCAGGGAGUGGAGCCAUGGGGUGAGCUGUCCCCACACUCAAGUUGGGGGUCCAGCAUUGGGCUGUCCCUUGACUCAGCAGUUUUUCCCAGGUGGGGCAGGAGGACUGGGGUGCUGCCUGUGUCUCAUUGCCCCCCCGUCCCCCAGGCCUCCAUGGAGAACUUGUACAUUUGGAACGACAUGAAUGAACCAUCCGUGUUCAACGGCCCUGAGGUGACCAUGUACAAAGACGCCCUGCACGAGGGCAGCUGGGAGCACCGCGACCUGCACAACCUCUACGGCUUCUACGUGCAAAUGGCGACAGCACAGGGACUGGAGCAGCGCUCGGGGGGCCUUGAGCGCCCCUUCGUGCUGAGCCGUGCCUUCUUUGCCGGCUCCCAGCGCUACGGCGCGGUGUGGACGGGAGACAACGCGGCCGAGUGGGACCACUUGAAGAUCUCCAUCCCCAUGUGCCUGAGCCUGGCCCUGGCAGGCAUCUCCUUCUGCGGUGCUGAUGUGGGUGGCUUUUUCAAGAGCCCGGAUGUGGAGCUGCUGGUGCGCUGGUACCAGGUUGGCGCCUACCAGCCCUUCUACCGAGCCCAUGCCCACCUGGACACUGUGCGGCGUGAGCCCUGGCUGUUUGGGGAGGAGAACAAGGCCCUGAUCCGUGCUGCCGUCCGCCAGCGCUAUGCCCUGCUGCCCUACUGGUACACAACCUUCUACCACAGCUACCGCUCUGGCCAGCCUGUCAUGAGGCCGCUCUGGGUGGAGUACCCUGAUGAUGUCACCACCUUCAGCAUUGAUGACCAGUUCCUGAUUGGUAAUGCAUUGCUGGUCCACCCGGUGACGGAGCAGGGAGCCCGUGGCGUGCAGGUCUACCUGCCUGGCAAAGGAGAGGUUUGGUAUGAUGUCCACUCGCACCAGAAGCACCAUGCCCCCCAGACGCUUUAUGUGCCUGUCAUCAUGAGCAGUAUCCCUGCGUACCAGCGGGGCGGGAGCAUUGUGCCGCGGAAGGAGCGGGUACGCCGCUCAUCGGACUGCAUGUACCGUGACCCCUACACACUCUACGUGGCGCUCAGCCCCCAGGGUACAGCAGAAGGAGAUCUCUUCAUUGACGAUGGGCACACGUACAACUUCGAGAGCAAGGCCCAGUACCUGUACCGCCACUUCAGCUUUGCCAGCAACACUCUGACAGCCAGAUCGGCAGAUUCCAAAGGCGUCUUCGAGAGCCCAGCCUGGAUUGAGCGGGUGGUGAUCCUGGGAGCAGGGAAGCCAGCCGCCGUUUUCCUCAGACAGCCUGGUAUGGCCGAUACACGCCUGGAUUUCCAGCAUGAGCCGGAGACCUCUGUCCUGACUCUCCGCAAACCUGGCGUCAACAUCGGAGCCGAUUGGAGCAUCUCCCUGCGAUAAUGCCGUACCGUGGGGGUGGAGGGGGGGGCUUGGAGUGAAGGAUGAUGCUCCCCCACCCUCCCCCCAGCCUUCACAGGCAGGGAUGGGGCCUUGAGCCAGCAGUACCCCACUCCUCUCCCUGUAUCUCAGUGCUGGUCUCCUCUGAGAAGGGCAGACGGGAGUUCUGACACCACCACCACCACCCCCAGCCCUCCACAGUGUAGGGGUGGCAGGGAGGUGGGAAUGCCCAGCCCCUACCACCCUUAUCUUUCUCUGAGCUGCUUCAUAGACUAAUUUCUAGCAAUAUUUGCUCCUGGUUCUGAAUGACAAAUCUUUGGGCUGGGAGCCAGGUUGGUGUGUUACUGUCCCACACCCCUUGCUGAUCAGAGGCCCCUCCUAGUAGGGGUGGGAGCAGGAGCAGCUGCCAGUCACCAAGUUCUCCAGAAACAUUUAGGUGCCCCGGCACAAAAGUGGGACCAAACACUUUGGCUGGCCCGAUCCUUUGACACCCCCCUUCCUGCCCUAGAAGGACUCACUACUUCUCUCUCACACACUUCUGGCUGCCCUUCCUCUAUGGGUGGUGCCCUAUCUAACUCAGCCUGUCCCCUAAGCAAUGCUGCUGGACCAGAAGCAAAUUUUGGAAUGUGCAGGUGCAGGGAGCCUCCCUGUAUCCCACCACUGGUGUGGGAGGGCACCCUCACCUUCCUGCAGCCCCUGCCCCCAUCCCAUGGUGGGGGGGAGGGGCAGGUUGUGUACUGCCCCUGCAGCUGGGAAGGGGAGGGUUCUGCUGUUUCAGGUAUGGAUGACAGCGACUCACUGUCGCUUGUAUUUAUAGUGGUGAGGGAGCAGAUGGAUCAUGUGGGAUUGGGGAUCAGAAUCCAGACUGUGGGCAAGGGGAAGAACUAGCUGCAUCUUGGCUCACAGUGAGACCUAACGGUGCCUCUCAAGCUGCUAGGACUGGGCCCAAAUGCAGCCUCGUCCCCUCUCCUGGCAGGAGAAGUGACAGUGAGGGGUAAGGGCGGGAGUAUUCGUCCCUACGCCCUCCCUCGGCUCUUCCAAUGUUGCUACCUUUGUCCUGCCACUGUCCAGGUGUCUGUGGGGUAGCAUUCCUCGCACAGAGGGGCAGAGCUGGCACUGGCAUGUCUUUUUAUUCCCAAACUGCCUCCUCCCCCCAGAUGGAUGGACAGACAGAGCCACGGGCGGCCUGGCCCUGCAGGGGCCGAAGCAAUCAUUGACUUCAUGUUUUGAUAAAAGAUGAACAAUAAAAAGAAAAAAAAA